AUGCGCGCACUCGCACGCCAGAGCACUCGCCUGGCCACUAUUCGUCAACCUUCUCAAUCACGUGGUCGUCAUGCAGCGGAGCAACUCCGUAGCUUCAACAGGACAGCGCAUUCAGCAAACGAAUCUCGCGGACCCAACGGGAAUCCAGACCAUGAGACCCGCACAGAGAAUCGCAAAGACAGGGAGGAAAUUCAAGCUCGCGAAGAUGAAGUCGCUGCGCCAACAGCGGAGAGCGAAUUGGGAGAGGCAAGGGCCGGCAACAGCUCAAGCCGCAAGUUGGGCGUGGAGAAGACACGGCGUCAGCGAGUGAAGGACAUGAAUAACGUACCGAAGCCUCCGCCAAUUCCAAGUUGGUUCCUGAACCACAAUGUCAAGUUCCAGGUGGAGUCUGCCUCGCCGAAUCGCUCGGCGAAGAAUGCGCAAGUCCUGCGAUGUGUUGAUCGGCAGACUGGCCAUACGCUCUUCUUGCUGCCGUGGUAUGAGGCGUGGCCUGUGCCAGAURCAGAUGGAAGUGCAUCUGCUGAGAAGAAGAAGCAAAUAGACCGGGGCUUCUUUGACAACAAAUUCGCGUCCCAACCUGAACCGACGACUCCUUCCAAAUCGCGAUCUGUGCCCACAUCAUCACCGCCGUCAAAAGAUGAUGUUGAGGAGCCAACCCCUCACAACCUAAUACGAUGGGCAGUCCUCGAAGCAGAAACCGGCAUUCGAGCAGGUUUCACUGCUGCAGCUCGUGCUCAGCCUGCUUCUUCCCAUGCAGCCUCCAAAGUAGACAUAUCGCUACUCUCAGACCCUGAUACCCAUGAUCAGCUCGAUGACUUGGUGGAAGAUCUUGCGGCCCUGACGCAGGCUGAUAUAAUACGGCUCGAUGCAAAUGAUCUCUCGGACCUGACUGCGGACUAUGUUGGCAAAGGCUCGGAUGUUCCAGGAWCUUUCUCGGCAUUGGGAUAUGAUGUCUUCGAUGGCUAUACAUCCUCUCCAAACCGCCCCGGUCGGAAUUUGGAGGAGGAUGAGGAAAUGGACGAAAUGGAAGAAGGCGAAGAAGAUGAAGAUGAUGUUCACAGCACGGGCGGAUUCAAUGCCACACCCUUCAAUGGCCUAGAUGGUCUGAGAAAAGCACUGUUCGAGAAUCGCCAUGGUCUCGACAAGGCAUUGGGAAGGAUCAACGUUUCUGGAAUCUCACUGGGGCCGGCUCACAUGGCAAGGAUAGGGCCUUUGGGCUUUGGGAGCCAGCUACGAUCCAUGGAGUCGUCGAAUUCGGACGGAUCGAAACCCUGGGAUAGCGAUAAGCUGGCCGCGUUGCUCGACAGUCUCCUUGAUGCUCCCAAGUCGAAGAGGUUAAUACCCGAGUCACAGCAGCAGGAAGGGUUGCGCCGCAAGCUGCCAAAGCUGAUUGGGAGCGGRAAGGAGCAGAUUGACAAUAACAUCCCGACGGAAGAAGCCCUAGCAGACCAAGCCCUCUGGAGAUCAUGGCGAUCUAGUCCUUUUUGGCAACCCGAUGUGGCAGGUCUGCUAGCAGGCCAUGUUGUACGGUCAAAAGACUUGCCUUUGGAGCUAGAAGGGCACGACGGCCAAGUUCCCAAUAUUUCGGGUACAUCACAGAGAACAAUCGUCCAUAUCCGAGAUCUCAAGGAUAUCUGUAACUCACGAAUUGGCGAUGUCAUUGUACACAAGCUUGUUCGUGUUGUCCAGAAGCGAAGACGAGCAGGCGAAGAGAUCCUCAUUGUCGGCACGUCCGCUCAAGACGUGGUGGGCGGUACAUUCGCCGGCUUCUCGCAGUCCACAGAUGACUUUCCAUUCCGGACGAUCAAUGUGCCUGCUUUUGACAUGACUAGAAUGGAACAAUCGCAGUUCAAGAUCGAUGCCGCCAAAAUUGAGCCGAACGCGAACCCUACCUACCACAGAAUCUUGGAGAUCAAUUUGCGACAUCUAGAAAGUAUGUUGAGACGCCUCAGGCCUGGAGAUCCUGUAGAUCUCUUCACAGAGACAGCACAGCGUCAGCUGCGUUUAGCGGGGUCCCAGAUCCUAAGCCAAAAAGUGCUAUCGCAUGACCAUGUGCAACGACUCCUGCUUACCGCCAUCGGAUUGAGCCAAACGCAUGCACCGGCGGAGACGGUCAGUGCAGGCCACAUUGGCCUGGCUGUUCUAAUCACUGGGCAGGCAGACCGCAAUGCCCGUGCUUGGACCUCCUACAGCUACGGCAAAGAGGAAAGACAGGACGUUGCCGAAUCGAAAGAUCGACUGGAAACUGCAAACUCCGGGGUGRACAAGGCCAAGGCGAGAAUUGAUCAGCUGGCAAGGACCUGUAAUUCYCACGAAACCAGACUCCUGGCCGGUGUGGUUGAUCCUCAAAAUAUCAAGACUGGAUUUGGGCAAGUCCACGCACCGCCCGAGACGAUUGAGUCCCUGAAAACGAUGACCUCGCUAUCGCUGCUGCGACCGGAGGCUUUCAAGUAUGGUGUUCUAGCUGCCGAUAGGCUUCCUGGUCUCAUGCUAUACGGACCUCCUGGCACGGGCAAAACGCUUCUUGCUAGAGCCGUCGCAAAAGAAAGCAAGGCGACCGUGCUGGAGGUCAGCGGGGCUCAUAUCUACGAGAAAUAUGUCGGAGAAGGCGAGAAGAUGGUGCGAGCGGUAUUCAGUUUAGCCAAGAAGCUUUCACCAUGCAUUGUGUUCAUCGACGAAGCUGAUGCGAUAUUCGGAAGCCGCGGCAAUGCCGGUAACAAGAACACCCACCGAGAGAUCAUCAACCAAUUCCUGAGAGAGUGGGAUGGAAUGGAGAUGGCCAACGUUUUCAUCAUGGUUGCCAGUAAUCGACCCUUUGACCUCGACGACGCUGUUUUGCGACGACUGCCUCGAAGGAUACUGGUGGAUCUCCCCGUGGCGAAGGACAGAGAAUCUAUAUUGAAGAUUCACCUCCGUGAGGAAGCACUUGACGAGACUGUCAAGCUGACGGAACUCGCGGAGCAGACUCCCCUAUACUCCGGUUCCGAUCUCAAAAACCUCUGUGUCUCUGCAGCCCUGGCCUGCGUAAGAGAGGAGAACGAUCUAAUGAACAGCAAGCAAGACGACAAGGACUUCCAACUUCCUGAGAAGCGAACACUUUCAGGACGGCAUUUCGAAAAGGCAAUCAAGGAAAUCAGUGCGAGCAUUUCCGAGGACAUGUCGUCUUUGACGGCUAUUCGGAAGUUUGAUGAGCAGUAUGGUGAGAGGAGGGGCAGGAGGAAGAAGGCUGCUUAUGGAUUUGGGAUGGGAGAUGCGGGGGUUGAUGAGAGUUCUGCGAGGGUGAGGCCGCCGGAGAGGUGA